AUGGCGAAUUCUAUUCAGGCCAUCUCAGAUGUGCCAACGGAAGUAAAUAGAGAAGAUCCUCCCAGAAAGAAGAAUUGGAAAAGACAGAAAUUAUUAAGCUUUGGGGAUUAUAACUUUUUGAAAGACGAAGAGAUAAAUAUUACAAUCAUAAGACCACAGAAUUUAAGACCUGAGAGUGAUGUUAGACAUCAUCUUUUUCAGUCUCCACAACUGAUGGAAGAGGAAAGGCUAUGCAGAAUAAUUAGGAGAGCCGAGGGGCAGGUGCCGAGGUGCAGGGGGUGCUGGGGCAGUGGCCAUCACACAAAAGUUCUGGAACCCCCGGAAGUGUUUACAGUUGAAGAAAUGAUGCCUCGUAUCCAACAUUUGAAAGGAGCACAAAAUAAGGACUUAUUUCUUAAAGACAAGAGAACAAAAGGCUAUUGGCUGGUGACAGUUCUUCAUGAUAGACAAAUUGAUUCAAAUGAACUUGCCGAGCAGUUAGGUGCUGGGAGUGAAAAUCUUCAGUUUCCUGAUAAAACAGCCAUGCUGGAAAGACUAAAAGCUGGCCAAGACUGUGCGACACCCUUGGCACUCUACUGUGACGAUGGAGAUGCGAAAUUUGUCCUAGAUUCUGCUGGUUUGGAAGGUGGACAUGAAAGGUGCUUUCAUCCAAUGACCAGCGCUACAACCAUGCAGUUGAGCCCUGAAGACUUUCUCACAUUUGUGAAGGAGACAAAACAUUAA